GCAUAGCCCAGCUAGUUAUCUCAUUCUCUCCUUAGCAAUAAUACUUAGCACCAUGGCCCCCGCGGUGAUGGCUUCGUCAGCCACCUCCGUCGCGCCCUUCCAGGGCCUCAAGUCCACCGCUGGCCUCCCGGUCAGCCGCCGCAGCAACGCUCGCCUCGGCAGCGUCAGCAACGGCGGAAGGAUUAGGUGCAUGCAGGUGUGGCCGAUUGAGGGCAUCAAGAAGUUCGAGACCCUUUCCUACCUGCCACCGCUGUCCACGGAGGACCUCCUGAAGCAGAUCGACUUCCUCAUCCGCUCCAAGUGGGUUCCCUGCCUGGAGUUCAGCAAGGUCGGCUUCGUCUUCCGCGAGUUCGGCAGCACUCCCGGAUACUACGACGGCAGGUACUGGACAAUGUGGAAGCUGCCCAUGUUCGGCUGCACCGACGCCGCACAGGUCGCCAAGGAGGUGGAGGAGGUCAAGAAGGAGUACCCUGACGCCUAUAUCCGCAUCAUUGGCUUCGACAACAUCCGUCAAGUGCAGUGCGUCAGCUUCAUCGCCUACAAGCCACCAGGCUGCGAGGAGUCCGGCAAGGCAUAAACUGCAAGCUGCGAAUAACAGCAGCCUAUACAAGUUCACUUUUUUUUUGUUGACGACUCUGGUUUCAGGGUUUUACUUUUGCUUCCAUAUACACUGUGUACCAAAUAUUUACGUACCUAUCAACGUGGGUCGACAAGCUUAAUUUUCCUGA